AUGACAGACGCUACUGCCACGCCUGAAGAAGACUGCCUGAUUGGAGAUGGAACAUCCUACCGUGGAACAGUUUCUGUGACGGAAUCAGGCAGGACGUGUCAACACUGGGACAGUCAGAUACCACACGGACACGACAGGACACCCGCAAAUUAUCCGUCAUCUGGAUUGGAGCAGAACUACUGCCGGAAUCCGGAUGGAGAGCCAUCCGGAGUUUGGUGCUACACCACGGAUCCGACCCAGAGAUGGGAGUAUUGUGACGUGCCUGCAUGUUCCGACUGCCUGAUUGGAGAUGGAACAUCCUACCGUGGAACAGUUUCUGUGACGGAAUCAGGCAGGACGUGUCAACACUGGGACAGUCAGAUACCACACGGACACGACAGGACACCCGCUAAUUAUCCGUCAUCUGGAUUGGAGCAGAACUACUGCCGGAAUCCGGAUGGAGAGCCAUUCGGAGUUUGGUGCUACACCACGGAUCCGGACCAGAGAUGGGAGUAUUGUGACGUGCCUGCAUGUUCCGAUACAGCAGUACCGACCAGUGCUCCUGGAUGUGGAGGUAUCCUGACGGCUCCACCUGGAGGUACUGUGACAUCGCCGAACUUCCCCGAUGUCUACAACAACGAUGAGACUUGUGAGUGGACUAUCAUAGUGCCAGAAGGAAGCAUGGUUCUUCUCACGUUUGACAGCUUCCACCUUGAGGCGGAUUUUGACUUUUUGACCAUCUACGAUGGAGGCAGUGAUAGUGCCGCAGAGUUGCAGAGCUUGACAGGUGAAGGGUCAAUCGACCCCAUCAGCAGUACAGCUAACCAGAUGUUCCUGAGAUUUACAUCUGAUUCUAGUUUGGCGGCUCAGGGGUUCCAGUUCUCCUACACAGACUGCCUGAUUGGAGAUGGAACAUCCUACCGUGGAACAGUUUCUGUGACGGAAUCAGGCAGGACGUGUCAACACUGGGACAGUCAGAUACCGCACGGACACGACAGGACACCCGCUAAUUAUCCGUCAUCUGGAUUGGAGCAGAACUACUGCCGGAAUCCGGAUGGAGAUCCAUUCGGAGUUUGGUGCUACACCACGGAUCCGGACCAGAGAUGGGAGUAUUGUGACGUGCCUGCAUGUUCCGAUACAGCAGUACCGACCAGUGCUCCUGGAUGUGGAGGUAUCCUGACGGCUCCACCUGGAGGUACUGUGACAUCACCGAACUUCCCCGAUGACUACAACAACGAUGAGACUUGUGAGUGGACUAUCAUAGUGCCAGAAGGAAGCAUGGUUCUUCUCACAUUUGACAGCUUCCACCUUGAGGCGAAUUUUGACUUUUUGACCAUCUACGAUGGAGGCAGUGACAGUGCCGCAGAGUUGCAGAGCUUGACAGGUGAAGUGUCAAUCGACCCCAUCACCAGUACAGCUAACCAGAUGUUCCUGAGGUUUACAUCUGAUUUUAUUGAGGUGGCUCAGGGGUUCCAGUUCUCCUACACAGACGCUGCUGGUCCUGACGUCACGCCUGAAGCAGACUGCCUGAUUGGAGAUGGAACAUCCUACCGUGGAACAGUUUCUGUGACGGAAUCAGGCAGGACGUGUCAACACUGGGACAGUCAGAUACCGCACGGACACGACAGGACACCCGCAAACUAUCCGUCAUCUGGACUGGAGCAGAACUACUGCCGGAAUCCGGAUGGAGACCCCUCUGGAGUUUGGUGCUACACCACGGAUCCGGACCAGAGAUGGGAGCAUUGUGACGUGCCUGCAUGUUCCGAUGGCGACUGCCUGGAGAGUGAACACCAGUGUUUGGACGGUUCGUGCAUCCCUGCAAACGGUUGGUGCGAUGGAGUACUUUUCGACUGUGUGCAAGGAGAGGACGAGUCGGACUGUGGGGAUGACGGCUGCCUGGAGAGUGAACGCCAGUGUUUGGACGGUUCGUGCAUCACUGCAGACUGGUGGUGUGAUGGAGAGUAUGACUGUUCGCAAGGAGAGGACGAGUCAGACUGUGGAGGCUUGAAUUGUUAUGAGGACGAAUUCCAGUGCUUGAAUGGCUCCUGCAUCUCUGAUGACUAUUGGUGUGAUGGGGAGAUCAACUGUCUCCAAGCAGAGGAUGAGUUGAACUGUGGGGGUGGCUGCCUGGAGAGUGAAAGCCAGUGUUCGGACGGUUCGUGCAUCCCUGCAAACUGGUGGUGUGAUGGACAGUAUUCCGACUGUUCGCAAGGCGAGGACGAGUUAGAAUGUGGAGGUGACAGCUGCCAGGAGAGUGAACGCCAGUGUUUGGACGGUUCGUGCAUCCUUGCAGACUGGUGGUGUGAUGGAGAGUAUGACUGUUCGCAAGGAGAGGACGAGUCAGACUGUGGAGUUGGCGGCUGCCAGGAGAGUGAACUCCAGUGUUUGGACGGUUCGUGUAUCCCUGAAGAGUGGUGGUGUGAUGAGCUUUAUGAUUGUUCGCAAGGAGAGGACGAGUCAGACUGUUGGGGUGCGUGGGUGGCAAAACAUCCUAAUUGGGCAAUUGAUGCAACAGCAACCGAAUGGCCCGACACAUCUGGACCGGAUAAGGUUCUUGACUUUGAGCCAGGCACUUUCUGGAACCCGAUCAAUCCAGGACCUUGGUACAUCAUCUUCGACUUACUGAUGCCCUACACUCUCUCUGCGAUCGGCAUCGCCAACUACGGAGACAUAACCCACGACGUUACAGCAUUCAAGUUUCAAACAUCAGCCAGUUCACAUCCUUUAGAUUGGAUUGACGUGCUUGAUUUCAGCGAAUCCCCUGAAACCAUGCCUGUGCAAUUUUCCGUUGGGGGGUUCAAUGCCACUAGUCGAUUCUGGCGACUGUACAUCACGGCAACUGGCCCGGACAACUGGCAACCUUGGUUAGUCGACGUGGGCUUUUAUGGAAUGGCAGCAGAUCCGGGAAGUUUUCAGUGUGAGGAGAAUGAACGCCAGUGCUCAAGCGGGUGGUGCAUUUCCCCAUCUUUGUGGUGCAACAAUUUUUACCGCGACUGUCCGAAUUCCGAAGACGAAGCGGACUGUGGUGAUGAUCCCGGGAUAUCCGAGUACACCGAACGAGAUGGAACUUACUACAAGGUGGUGGACCAGGCCAUGAUGUACUAUGAAGCCCAUCAAGCCUGUGCAGUAGAUGGAGGGCACCUUGCCAAUGACAAGACACCAGAGCUGCACGACUUCCUUGUCUCCCUGAUUCAGGGGGUUGAUGCAGGAAUGGACUGGUGGAUCGGGUUUCAUGGUGCAACAGCUGACGGUACGUGGAUCUGGUCUGACGGAACUCCAAUCAGCAACUGUAGUUUCACCAACUGGGCACCAGGAGAACCCAGCAGGAAUUAUGCAGAAGACUGUGGUCAUCUGUGGGCAGGUGCAGGUCUCCAAUGGGAUGACACCUUCUGCUACAUGCAGAAGAAUUUCAUUUGCCAAAUAGGUCCUGGCGAAGAGAACGCCUGUGCACCACACGGAAUCACAACAGAGCCCGCUGAUGUCUCAACAGCAGGUGCGGCUGUGACCACCGUAGAAGAGCAUGACGUCAUAACAGUGACUCCCGGCGGACUGACCACCGAAGGGCAGCCUGACACUACACUGCUUUCUGGCGGGCUGAUCACCACAGGACAACCUGAGGCCACGAUGCCACCUGGCGGUCUGACCACCGAAGGACAACCUGAGGCCACGAUGCCACCUGGCGGUCUGACCACCGAAGGACAACCUGAGGCCACGAUGCCACCAGGCGGCCUGACUACUGAGGAAGAGCCUGACCCGACGAUGCCUCCUGGCGGUCCGACCACCGCAGGACAACCACAGACCACCAUGCCUCCUGGCGGUCCGACCACCGCAGGACAACCACAGACCACCAUGCCUCCCCGUGGUACUACAGGUAUCGAACCCAUGCCAACUGAUGACGAAACGUGGUUAACAUGA